AUGACGAAUAAUUUUAGUAAGAAAAAACUACCAGUAACAUCCAUAACAGACACUCCAGUAGAAAAGGAUGUCCAGAUUCCAGAAUCUAUUGUGACCGAAGAAAUAUUUGUACCUAUUGGAAAAUCAGCAAGAGAUCCACUACCAUCAAAGGGUGUAAUGACUGCGAACAGAAAUAAAAUAACAACGAAAACUGGAGUUGGAACACCGCAUUCGAAAAUACCAACAAACAUACGAUUUACGGAAGAGCGGCAUCGAUCACGUACCAUCAAUAUUUUAAACGAAGAGAAAUGA